AUGCUCGACUUCAAGGUCCCCUUCUACACGGACGUCUACUCCAAGCCUAUCGUCGGCGUGCCCAGCGUGCCAAGCCGGAACCUGCAGCGGGGAGAUUUGGUUAGAGGACUGCAUGAGGCUGCUGAUCGCGGCACGACGUACCCCUUCCUCACGGACGGGGAUACCAAUCUGACGGAAGGGUCUGGGUUUAACAUUGUGAUUGUGAAGGAUGGGGUCUUGUUCACGCCGCAGCGCGGGGUGCUGGAGGGCGUGACUCGGAAAAGUGUGAUCGAUGUCGCCCGCGCCAACGGCCUUGACAUCCGAGUCGAGUUGGUGCCCGUCGAGACUGUGUACAAGGCAGAUGAGAUCUUCAUGUGCACGACGGCGGGAGGCAUCAUCCUAUCACCACCCUGGAUGGCCAGCCAGUGA